AUGAAGCUCCAAAUAUUAUUAUUGGUGGCUGUCGCAUCCGCUGUACCUCAGGGUUAUAAUUUACCCAAUCCUUCUGGCCCAUCAUUUAACGCCGGGGGUUGUGGGGGUGGACAAGUGCAACACGUGGAUGGCAGCUGCGUGACACCUCAAGUGAACAGUCGUGUGUUCUUGUAUGAUGUGCCACCAAAUCAAGCUUCUUCCAGUCAGCCAGCGUAUGUGCCAAAACCAAAGUUGGAACGUAAUAUUGUUUUCGUGAGACUUCCUGAAGGUGGUCAAGGACCAGAACCUAUCGUCGUUCCUCCUCCGAGGCAACAACACGUUUUGUUCGUGCUUAACAAGCAAUCGGAACAAGGUCAACAAGUGAUCGAGGUGCCAGCGCCACCACCUUCGGAUCCCGAAGUGUUCUUCGUGAACUACGCAGAAGGAGAGAACCCAACUCUUCCUGGUGGAGUAGACCUCCAAACGGCGCUGAGUGCUGCUUCUCAAGGUGGCGGUCAAGUCGUAGGAGGUGGUGGCGGUGGAGGUUCUGGUGGUGGUAUUGGAGGCGGAUUUGGAGGUGGCAUCGGAGGUGGAAUUGGAGGCGGCAGUGGAGGUGGAUUUGGAGGCGGCAGUGGAGGUGGUAUCGGAGGCAGCAGCGCAAGUAGUAUUGGAGGUGGAUCUGGUGGUGGAAGCUACAGUCCCCCUAGUCCCUCCACUGUAUAUGGUGGACCAUAAAUGUCGAAACAUUCUGUGAUUCAAGAAUAUGUUACAGUAUCAGGUUGAUACUUGAAAAUCAAAAGUUUUUGUAUCUUUUACUAUUUAUCGAUAAAUAC